AUGGCGGCGCGAAUCGCGAUCAUCAACGAGGAUAGGUGCAAGCCCAAGAAGUGCCGGCAGGAGUGCAGGAAGAGCUGCCCCGUCGUCAAGACCGGGAAGCAUUGCAUUGAAGUUACUCCGGCGUCCAAGACCGCGUUCAUCUCUGAAGAGCUGUGCAUUGGUUGUGGUAUUUGCGUCAAGAAAUGCCCAUUUGGUGCCAUUCAGAUCAUCAACCUCACAAAAGAUCUGGAUAAAGAUACCACCCAUCGCUACGGCGCAAACACCUUCAAAUUGCACAGGUUGCCUGUUCCAAGACCUGGCCAGGUUUUGGGCCUUGUUGGAGCCAAUGGGAUUGGAAAGUCGACUGCACUUAAGGUGUUAUGUGGCAAGUUGAAACCUAAUUUGGGAAAAUUCAAUAAUCCGCCUGACUGGCAGGAAAUCCUUACAUACUUCCGGGGGUCUGAACUUCAGAAUUAUUUUACGCGUCUAUUGGAGGAUAAUCUCAAGGCAAUCAUAAAGCGUCAAGACGUUGAAAGCAUUCCGAAAGCAGUUCAAGGGAAUGUCGGUCAACUACUUGACAAGUUAGACCAGAGGGGUGUUAAAGCUCAAUUGUGCAUUGACCUUGAAUUGAACCAAGUUCUGGACCGGAAUGUAGAAGAUCUUUCAGGUGGUGAGCUGCAGAGAUUUGCCAUAGCAGGCACUGCUGCACAAAGUGCAGACAUUUACAUGUUUGACGAACCAUCAGUUUACCUCGAUGUCAAGCAGAGGCUUAAAGCUGCACAAGUCAUUAGGUCCUUGCUUAGAGCAAACAGCUAUGUGAUCGUUGUGGAACAUGAUUUGAGUGUCUUGGAUUACAUGUCCGAUUUUAUUUGCUGUUCAUAUGGGAAACCAGGAGCAUUUGGUGUAGUUACGCUGCCAUUUUCAGUCCGAGAAGGUAUCAAUGUUUUCCUGGCUGGAUUUGUUCCAACAGAAAAUCUUCGGUUUCGAGAUGAAGCACUUACAUUUAAGAUUGUUGAAGCCCAGGAAAAUGCUGAAGAGAUUGAGACAUACCAGCGAUACAAGUACCCUACCAUGAGCAAAACAAUUGGAAAUUUCAAGCUCACUGUCAUGGAAGGUGAAUUCACAGAUUCUCAGAUUGUUGUGAUGCUGGGUGAGAACGGAACAGGGAAAACUACGUUCAUCAAAAUGCUGGCUGGGCGGCUGCAGCCAGAUACUGUGGAAGGAGCUGAGAUUGAAAUUCCUAAAUUUUAUGUGUCCCACAAGCCUCAGCAGCUUGAAACAAAAUUCCAGGGUACAGUGAGUCAAUUGCUUCAUCAGAAAAUACCAGAAUCAUGUGCUCAUCCUCAAUUUAGGUCUGAUGUCAUUAAACCACUACAAAUUGAGCAACUCAUGGACCGGGUAGUUACAAAUUUAUCGGGUGGAGAACGCCAAAGAGUGGCAUUAUGUCUUUUUGUUCUUCAGCCUGCAGAUAUUUAUCUGAUUGAUGAACCAAGUGCAUCUCUUGAUUCAGAGCAGCGCAUUGUUGCCUCAAAGGUUAUCAAAAGAUUCAUCCUUCAUGCAAAGAAAACCGCAUUUGUUGUUGAGCAUGACUUCAUCAUGGCAACCUACUUAGCUGAUAAGGUUAUUGUUUACGAGGGACGGCCUUCUGUAGACUGUACUGCUAAUGCACCUCAGACUUUACUAUCUGGGAUGAAUAAAUUCUUAUCGCAACUUGACAUCACAUUUAGAAGAGACCCGACCAACUAUAGGCCACGGAUAAACAAGCUGGACUCUACGAAAGACAAAGAACAAAAGUCUGUAGGGUCCUACUACUACCUGUGA